GGAGGAGGCCGGCUGCCGGGGCCGCCGCCGGAGCUCACACGCCAGCCUCUCCCCGCGCUCCGCACACGCCCGCCGCAGCGCGGGGCGGAGAGCCCGCCCGGGGGGCUGCCCCCUCUGCUCACUCCUGCCUGCACCUCCCUAGGAUGGAAGUGAAGUGAGGAGCUCUGCAGCCUCAACUGAUUUGGCAGAGAGAGAGAGCGAGCCCAGCCAAGCCACUGGUGUUUUUUUUUACCCCGGCAAAGUGCUGAGAAGUUUGUGGAGCACUUUCUAGGAAUUAGCUCCGAAGAAAGACCUGGCUUUUGGAUUGCCAUGGACAGCUUUAGCCACCCUUGAAUAAGCCCCUCGCCUUGGCCUGGGGGAAUUUAGCCAGCAGUUGUGUGCAAAACCCCCCCCCAAAAACCAAAUAAAAAAAAAAAAGCAGGAGUCUUUUUGGAGCUUGCUCUCUAAUCUGGAUGGAUCUAAAUGUGUCACAUCCAAGACCUUUCCAGCUGCAGCGUCUGCCUUGAAUACCCCUCUCCCUGCCCCUUCACUUUAAUGAACUGCUAGGAGAGUGUAAACUUCUGGACCUACCUCUUCUUAUCAUCAUCAUCAUCACUAUUAUUAUCAUCACAUUCUUUUUUCUUUUUUUUGCUGGGGGGUAGUCUUUGGGAUUGGUCUCUCAAGUGAUCUGGAUUGCUUUUAAUAUGUCAAAAUGGGUCUGCUGACACCACUCCUGCUCUUUGGAUGCAUCUCAUUCCAAGUUCAUGGAUCCCGCCUUCGUCAAGAGGACUUUCCACCCCGGAUUGUCGAGCAUCCUUCAGAUGUGAUAGUCUCUAAAGGAGAGCCAACAACUCUGAACUGUAAGGCUGAAGGAAGACCAACUCCCACAAUUGAGUGGUACAAAGAUGGAGAGCGAGUGGAGACUGACAAAGAUGACCCGCGCUCUCACCGUAUGCUGCUGCCCAGUGGAUCUUUAUUUUUCUUACGUAUUGUACAUGGACGCAGGAGUAAACCAGAUGAAGGAAGUUAUGUUUGUGUAGCAAGGAACUAUCUUGGUGAAGCUGUAAGUCGCAAUGCAUCUCUGGAAGUGGCAUUACUACGGGAUGACUUCCGCCAAAACCCCACUGAUGUUGUGGUGGCAGCUGGAGAACCAGCCAUUUUGGAGUGUCAGCCUCCUCGAGGACAUCCUGAGCCCACUAUCUACUGGAAAAAGGACAAAAUCCGCAUUGAUGACAGGGAUGAGAGGAUCAGUAUACGAGGAGGAAAACUAAUGAUCUCAAACACGAGAAAGAGUGAUGCGGGCACAUACAUUUGUGUUGGAACAAACAUGGUGGGCGAACGAGACAGCGAUCCAGCAGAGCUCACUGUCUUUGAACGACCCACAUUUCUCAGGAGACCAAUUAACCAGGUGGUCCUGGAAGAAGAGGUGGUAGAAUUCCGAUGUCAAGUCCAGGGAGAUCCACAGCCAACAGUCCGGUGGAAGAAAGAUGAUGCAGAUUUGCCACGAGGAAGGUAUGAUAUCAAAGAUGACUAUACCUUGCGCAUUAAAAAAGCCAUGAGUACAGAUGAAGGAACCUAUGCAUGUAUUGCUGAGAAUCGAGUUGGGAAGGUGGAAGCCUCUGCUACUCUCACAGUUCGAGCUCGCCCUGUCGCUCCCCCACAGUUUGUGGUGAGGCCACGAGAUCAGAUUGUAGCCCAGGGUCGAACAGUGACUUUUCCUUGUGAAACUAAGGGAAAUCCCCAGCCUGCUGUUUUUUGGCAAAAGGAAGGCAGCCAGAAUCUACUCUUUCCAAACCAGCCUCUCCAACCCAACAGUAGGUAUUCAGUGUCACCAACAGGGGACCUCACUAUUACCAACAUUCAACGGUCUGAUGCAGGCUACUACAUCUGUCAGGCGCUGACGGUUGCAGGAAGCAUUUUAGCAAAGGCUCAACUGGAAGUCACUGAUGUUUUAACAGACAGGCCUCCACCCAUCAUUCUUCAGGGGCCAGUCAACCAGACAUUAGCAGUAGAUGGGACAGCUUUGCUGAAAUGUAAGGCGACUGGUGACCCACUUCCUGUUAUUAGCUGGUUAAAGGAAGGAUUCACUUUCCUGGGCAGAGAUCCUAGAACAUCCAUACAGGAUCAGGGGACCCUGCAAAUUAAAAUGCUACGGCUAUCUGAUACUGGUACUUAUACCUGUGUGGCCACAAGUUCCAGUGGGGAGACAUCUUGGAGUGCUGUGUUAGAGGUGACAGAGUCUGGAGGAGCAACAGUCAGUAAAAAUUAUGAUAUAAAUGACCUUCCUGGACCACCAUCCAAACCUCAGGUCACAGAUGUUACCAAGAACAGUGUCACUUUGUCCUGGCAGCCAGGCACCCCUGGAAGCCUAGCAGCUAGUGCAUAUAUCAUUGAGGCUUUUAGCCAAUCUGUGAGCAAUAGCUGGCAAACAGUGGCUAAUCAUGUAAAGACAACACUCUACACUGUCAGAGGACUCCGGCCCAAUACGAUUUAUUUGUUUAUGGUGAGAGCUAUCAACCCUCAAGGUCUGAGCGAUCCCAGCCCUAUGUCAGAUCCUGUCCGCACACAAGAUAUCAGCCCACCAGCGCAAGGAGUGGAUCAUAGGCAGGUUCAGAAAGAGCUGGGAGAUGUCAUUGUCCGACUACAUAAUCCUGUUGUGCUGACACCCACUACAGUGCAAGUCACCUGGACAGUUGACCGCCAGUCCCAGUUUAUUCAGGGCUAUCGAGUCAUGUAUCGUCAAACGUCAGGACUGCCUUCUCCAACCGUGUGGCAGAAUUUAGAAGUCAAAGUUCCCACCGAGCGCAGCACUGUCCUAAUCAACUUGAAAAAAGGUGUAACUUAUGAAAUUAAAGUUCGACCAUAUUUCAAUGAGUUCCAAGGAAUGGAUAGUGAAUCCAAGUCUGCCCGUACCACUGAAGAAG